AUGUUAAAGGUCUGCAGUAUUCUCCUCUUCUGCGCUCUGCUGACCCUGCCUCAAGACUCACAGGGCUACAGGCCGGAGCUGAUAAUCAGGCAGAAGGCUAAUGAGAAAGAGUUUCUAGACUUGGUGUCCCACGUGCUCCAUGGGCAAAGUCCUGCGGACGAGCAGCUCAACGGUGACCCUGGAGGGCAGCUGCCAGGUGCCGGAGGCACGCCCAUCGCAGGAAGCCAGCCAUCACUCCUCGGCAGCCUGCUGUCUGCGGUGGGCAGGCUGUUAGGUGAAAUAAUUGAAGUUGAAGUGCUCAAGAACAUCACCAUUGCAAUCAGAAGGGGAGAUCCCAGCCUCGUCCUUGAGGACUGCAAAACCCCUCUUGGUUACAUGGACAUCACAGUUCUGAAAGCAUCUUCCCUGCCCCUGGAGAAUGAACUCCUGACCCUCGUAAUGCGUGUACUGGACAGAACCCUUCCUCAGAUCCUGCAGAAGAUUCUGUGCCCACUGAUCAGUGCUGUCGUGUCCAGCGUGGAUGGAACAUCAUUAAGCACAGCAAGACUUGCGACGUCCCCUCCAGGAGGAAACAGCCCAUCUUCCGUCUUUAAAGUGUCGUUUAAUCCCGACGUCAUUGUGCUAGAACUGACCGGUCGCAGUCUGAUUGAACAAAUACCGCCUCUGCUUCCUGAAAAUACCACUGAGGAUGAACAUCCGCAGGAUGAAAUAAAUGCAACCCUGCUGCCUGUCCCCCAAGGCUGA